CCUUGAGUUAAUGCACUUGCUGUCAUCUUUUUGACCCUUUAGGGAGGGAGUUGGAACUUGGAUACAACCCUUUUUUUCCUCUUUUUAAGUCAGCAUCCUCACUGUCUUACACUUUGAUUUCUAUAUAUGUAAUGCUGCAACAUCAAAUCCUUUGUCUUAAUAUUAGACUCGUCUUAAAGCUCCCACCAACAUAAACUAAACCCUAAAAACACAAGAAAUCAACUGCAGUUUUGAUAAUGGGAAGACAACCUUGUUGUGACAAAGCUGGUGUCAAGAAAGGGCCAUGGACUCCUGAAGAAGAUCUCAUCUUGGUGUCUUAUAUUCAACAACAUGGUCCUGGGAAUUGGAGGGCUUUUCCCACCAAAACAGGUUUGCUUAGAUGUAGCAAGAGUUGCAGGCUUAGGUGGACUAAUUACUUACGGCCUGGGAUUAAAAGGGGUAACUUCACAGAAAAUGAAGAGAAAAUGAUAAUCCACCUUCAAGCACUCUUAGGCAACAGAUGGGCUGCAAUAGCAUCUUACCUCCCUGAAAGAACAGACAAUGACAUCAAAAAUUAUUGGAACACUCAUUUGAAGAAGAAGCUGAAGAAGCUACAAGGCAAUGAAGGUUCUUCUAGAUAUGGGUUUUCAUCAUCAUCAUCGUCAUACCAGAUUUGUAGAGGUCAGUGGGAGAGAAAGUUGCAGACUGAUAUCCAUAUGGCUAAAAAGGAUUUAUCUGAUGCAUUAUCACCUGAGAAAUCAAGUGACCACACAUCUUAUCCAAAACCAAGUGGAUAUGCUUCAAGCACUGAAAACAUAGCUAAGUUGUUGAAAGGGUGGAUGAGAAAUAAUCCAUGGAAAAUGGCUGAUUCUACAGAUUAUAGUGAAGAAGGGACUGAUCCAAUGAAGGAAGACAAGAACAGCAAGGAAAUGGCAGAGGCAUUUCAAUCACAUUUAGGGUUUGAAUCUUUAGAUUCUUCACUUUCUGAUAUCUCACCAUCUAUGUCACCUGAGGCAAGCCAUUCACAAUAUGAAAGUAAGCAACACGUCAAUGCUCAAAGCCAACUUUCAAUGCUUGAGAAAUGGCUUUUUGAUGAAGGCAAAGAUUACCAACUUUGUGACAAUAUAUUAGACCAAAAUGUUCUUUUUUUCUGAAAGGUAGAGGGGAAAGUUCUUUGGGGUACUUUUCAUCUUGGAUUAUAAUUUUUUCUAGGUUGAGGUUUCCUAGGGUGAACAAAUUCAAUGUAUAAAUUUAACAUUAUUGUUGCAUAUUAUAUCUUUCAUUUGAGAAUAA